CAGGGAAAAGGUUCAAGGCGCGCUUGUGACGUCAUUUCGGCGCGACCCUCUUCUUGGCGUAGAGUCUUCAGAUUGCUCCUGGGAACCAUGCCGAAAGUAGUGUCUCGGUCAGUAGUCUGCUCUGACACUCGGGACCGGGAGGAAUAUGACGACGGCGAGAAGCCCCUCCAUGUUUACUACUGUUUGUGCGGCCAGAUGGUCCUAGUGCUGGACUGCCAGUUAGAGAAAUUGCCCAUGAGGCCCCGGGACCGGUCCCGUGUGAUUGAUGCUGCCAAACAUGCCCAUAAGUUUUGUAACACAGAAGACGAGGAGACUAUGUAUCUGCGGAGACCUGAAGGCAUUGAACGACAGUACAGGAAGAAAUGUGCAAAGUGUGGACUGCCGCUCUUCUACCAAUCCCAGCCGAAGAAUGCUCCCGUUACCUUCAUUGUGGAUGGAGCGGUAGUCAAGUUUGGCCAGGGCUUUGGGAAGACGAACAUAUAUACUCAGAAACAAGAGCCUCCUAAGAAGGUGAUGAUGACCAAACGGACCAAAGACAUGGGCAAGUUCAGUUCUGUCACUGUGUCUACCAUUGAUGAAGAGGAAGAGGAGAUUGAGGCCAGGGAAGUUGCUGACUCAUAUGCACAGAAUGCCAAAGUGAUUGAAAAACAGCUGGAGCGCAAAGGCAUGAGCAAGAGGCGACUGCAAGAGCUGGCUGAACUGGAAGCCAAGAAAGCGAAAAUGAAGGGGACCUUGAUUGACAACCAGUUCAAAUAACCAGGCCUUUUUCUGAGCCCUAGACUGGAGGCAAGCAUUUAGAUCAGGAGGCAAAGUAAUUUCUUGAUUAUAUAGAUGAUGGACUCUUAUUUGUGUCCUAGCAGAAGGCUUUACGUUGUUUCCCAUUGGUUCUCCUACAUUCAGUGAGGUCUUUAACUGAGUCCAUUUGACUUUCUUUCUUUUUUUUUGAGACAGAGUCUUGCUCUGUCGCCCAGGCUGGAGUGCAGCGGCACGAUUUCGGCUCACUGCAACCUCCGCCUCCUGGGUUCAAGCGAUUCUUCUGCUUUAGCUUCCCGAGUAGCUGGGAUUACAGGCGUGUGCUACCACACCUGGCUAAUUUUUGUAUUUUUAAUAGAGACAGGGUUUCACCAUGUUGGUCAGGCUGGUCUUGAACUCCUCACCUAGUGAUCCGCCCUCCUCGGCCUCCCAAAGUGCUGGGAUUACAGACGUGAACCACUGCCCCGGCCACAAAUCCAUUCUCUUGUGUAAUUUCCCUUUUGUUGUUGUUGUUACUUCAUUUUAGUUUAGUUUUUGAGAUGGAGUCUCACUCGGCCCCCCAAUCUGGAGUGCAGUGGCAUGAUCUCGGCUCACUGCAACCUCUGCCUCCUGGGUUCAAGAGAUUCUCUUGCCUCAACCUCCCGAGUAGCUGGGACUACAGGCACCUGCCACCACACCCGGCUACUUUUUGUAUUUUUAGUAGAGACGGGUUUCACCAUGUUGGCCAGACUGGUCUCGAACUCCUGACCUCAAAUGAUCCACCCACCUUAGCCUCCCAAAGUGCUGGGAUUACAGGCGUGAGCCACCAUGCCCAGCCUUGACCUGCUUUCUAGGAGAUGGAGUUUUCUGAAUUUUUCUGUAUUUAGGUUUUCUGUACUAUUUUUUGUCCAUUUGAUGCAAACUUCUUAAGCUGUGUAGAAACUUUAUGAAUAGAUCAGUGCUUUAGUGUCUCCAGAUGAUUUUUGGAAAAAAUAUUAUGGUGUGUCAUAGAAAAAGCACCAUGAAUUAUAUUUAGGUAUAGCAAGUCAGAUCCUUUGAAGUGACUCUGUCUCUGUUCUUAGAAGGGUUCUUGGAAUUGGCUGUGGUUUGAAUCUUUCUACUGUCAGAGGAACCCCAUUAAAAGCCAAAGUCUUCAUAAGGCUUUCUUUACUUCAAACACUGAAGCUGUAGGUGAGCCAUCCCAUAUCGAUUGUAUACUCAAAGAAGGAAAAGCCAGAUUGCAGUGAGCGGGUAGGACAGCUCAGAUCCAAAUGAAAGUAGGGUCUCAAGUAACCCAAGACCGGGUGGCUCACACCUGUAAUCCUAGCACUUUGGGAGGCCGAGGCGGGCAGAUUGCCUGAGCUCAGGAGUUCGAGACCAGCCUGGGCAACAUGGUGAAACCCUGUCUCUACUGAACUACAAAAGAAAUUAGCCAGGUGUGGCAGCAUGCGCCUGUAGUCCCGGCUACUCGGGAGGCUGAGGCAGGAGAAUUACUUGAACUUGGGAGGUGGAGGUUGCAGUGAGCUGAGAUUGCGCCACUGUACUCCAGCACUCCAGCCUGGACGACAGAGUGAGACUCUGUCUCUACAAAAAAAAAAAAAAGUAACCCAAGGGAGGGAGCUACCAUCUAGUCGGGCAGCUAGUACUGCUGCUUUGCAUGGAUACAUGGGAGGGAGAUGUUAUAGAUUAAGAAAUGAUAGCGAGAUAAACAAAAUGAUCUGUUGGGUAUCUUUUACUUUACGUUUGCUGUUUGCAGAGGAGUGUUGUAUAUAUAGAUAUUAUUUUAUGUCACACUGCUUCAGUGAUACCUAUAUCCAUGUUUGUAUCCAUGUUUGUAUCCAUUCAACUGUAUUAAAAGGUGUUGGGACAGGA